GGUGCGAACCGGGCCGUCCCGGUUAUCCCCACGCGUCCCCGACGCCUCCCCGGUGUCCCCCCCCCGCAGCUGGAGGAGCUGCGGCGCCGCGUGGCCGCCGGGCGUUUCGUGAGGCCCAACCUGAGGAGGGUGAGGCUGUCGGCCGACGCCAUGAUGGCGGCGCUGCUGGGCACCAAACCGCGCGUGGGCACCGACCUGAGGGCCGGGCUGCGCCAGGUGCGCAAGGACGACGCCGAGAAGGAGAGUUACGAGGUCGGGGACUGGCGCAAGAACGUGGACGCCAUGAGCGGCAUGGAGGGGCGCAAGAAGAAAUUCGAGGGGGCGGCGGCCUGAGGGUGAGACCCCCAAAAACCCCCAAAUUCACCC